CAGGUAGUAAUGCAGCUAGUCCCCGGCCAGCCAUCAACAGCAGUCGGUGCAUCUGCGUCGAGCAACCAGCUGUCGGCACUGUCGCUGGCGCGGCUCAAGUCGCUGGAGGACCAGUCGCCGGAGAUGCUGGCCGAGUGCCUGUGCUCGAUGAUCCAGUCGGCCAAGACCAACGCCGACGCGCAGUCGUACUCGGGCGGGCAGUUUGUGCUAGAUGCGCCGAUUAUCAGCGCGGCGGAGGCGAAGCGCAAGGUCAGCGUCAUGAGCAAGGUGACGAAGAAGAUCCACCACGCAUUCUGGAUCUAGCAAGUCACGUGCUCUAAUGAUAAGCACAGUUCGUCGCACUGGAAACCGUAGGCAGCUGUGCUUUUUUUCUCUUUAGCUCGCUUCACUGAAAAAAGAAAAAAAAACUCUAGCAUUCUUUUCACAUGCAAAAUGGGCGACACAGGACCCGAGAAGAAAGUGGAUCCGAUCAUGGAGGACUAUGCGCGCAAGAUCCUGGGCAGGGACACUGAGCUGCCGGAGGACUACGCGUCGAUGAUUAUAGAGUCGCGGCGGCGUGGGCGCGCCGGCGAGGAGCAGCCGUUCCUGAAGCCGCACCGGUGCGACAAGCACCUGCAGGAUUUUCUGGACGGGCUGUUUCUGUAUGAGGCAUGGGAGCCGUGCAAAAUCUACUUCAAGUGCCUGGGAUCCAAGAUGGGCGAGGAGCCGGAGCGGUACAAGCUGAAGGGCGACCCGGAGUCGCUCAAGCGAUAAGCGGGAUUGCUUAGGGAAAGAGGUGGGGAGGUUUUUAAAAUGAAAAAAACUUAAAAAGGA